CCCUGAUUUAGUCCCAGUCAAAAGAAUAAGAAAUUUUAUCUCACGACCAAAGAAAAGGCUGCCCGGUGACAGCCCCAGGAGGAGCUAAAUACAGUGGUUUUCCGGGAGAAUCCACUCGUAUGUGCCCAUCACAGCGGGAGCAGUCUAGGGCUGAGGACUGGCAUCUGGUCCCACGGUGAAGAGGGCCUGUUCUCCCCAGCAGCCCUUUGGGGAGGACUCUGAAGUCAAAGUGCUUCGUGGUGCUGGUUGCCCAGUUCCAGGCUCAUGUCUGAGGAAGCCAGUGUACGGCCCAUGGCCCGAGUGCUGGUGUUCGUGUACGGGACACUCAAGAGCGGGCAGCCCAACCACGGCGUGCUGCGGGACAGCGCCCACGGCCAGGCGGCCCUCCGGGGCCCGGGCCGCACCCGGGAGCGCUUCCCGCUGGUCAUCGCCGGCCCGCACAACGUGCCCUUCCUGCUGCGGCGGCCGGGCUGCGGGCACCGCGUUCGAGGCGAGGUCUACGCCGUGGACGGGGCCCUGCUGAGCUUCCUGGACGACUUCGAGGACUGUCCACACAUGUACCAGCGCACGCCGGCCGCCGUGGUCCUGGACGGGGACGGGGGCGAGGAAGGCAGGACGGUGGAGUGCUGGCUCUACAGCACCGAGUCCUUCCCGCCCGAGUGGGCGAGGCUCCCGCACCUAGAGGACUAUGACUCUCAGGGUGCCCACGGGCUGCGCUACAACCCUCGGGAGAACAGGUGAGGCCCGAGGAAGGGGAGGGGGCACCCGCAGCCAAGGCCAGGGUCCCCCGGUGCCCCUGGACACUGAGACCGACCAGACUCCACCUGCAGGUGGUACCUAUGAUGGACGGACUGGGACUCACUCAGCAGGGCACUGAGCAUCUCGGGCCUGAAGCGGCGGGGAAAGAAGAUAAUUUCGUGAUUUUUUCUUUGUUUGCCUCCAGGGUUACUGCUGGGGCCCAGUGCCUGCACCAUGAAUCCACUGCUCCUAGAGGCUGUUUUCCCCCUUUUUUUGUUGCCCUUGUUGUUGUAGCCUUGUUGUGGUUAUUAUUGUUGUUGUUAUUGAUGUCGUUCAUUGUUGGAUAGGACAGAGAGAAAUGGAGAGAGAAGGGGAAGACAGAGAGGGGAAGAGAAAGACAGACACCUGCAGACCUGCUUCACCGCCUGUGAAGCGACUCCCCUGCAGGUGGGGAGCUGGGGGCUCAAACGCCGGUCCUUGAGCUUUGUGCCAUGUGAGCUUAACCCGCUGUGCUACCGCCCACCUCCCCAAUUUCAUUUUAGCAGUCUUUCUUUUCCCCCAUUGCUUCUCCUCUUCUCCCCUGCCUGGGACUCUGGUUUGGGUCUGUAGCACCGAGCAAAGCACGCUCCACUAAAGCCUGGUGUGGUCGAGGGCUCUGCACCCCCAUUCCACCAGGACCCCAAGUCAUCAGGAAGCUUGUUUUUAUACCAUCAAUGUAAUGGCAACGAAUCUGGAAAACACCAGAGGAAGCCAGGCACAGUUUCGUUUAUCUGAGGGAGACAAGGAAAAAAGGGAAGAACACUCAGUAUUAGUAGUAGGUGUAGAGAAGGGAAGGCAGGACUGUUGGGGAGAAAAUGGGGAAGAAAAUAUAUAAACACACACAGAGAGAGAGAGAAAUGAUAAAAUAGAGAGAUGGGGAAAGAAUCAGCCCGGGGUGGGGGAAGGGAGGGGAGCGGUGGCGCACCUGGUUGAGCGCACAUUAUAAAAUGCAAGGACCCAGGUUCGAGUCCCCAGUCUCCACCUGCAGGAGGAAAGCUUUGCGGGUGGUGAAGCAGGGCUGCAGGUGUCUCUCUGUCUCUCUCCCUAUCACCCCCUACCCUCUCAAUUUCUGGCUGUCUCUAUCCAAUAAAUAAAGAAGUUUUAAAAGAACUUUAAAAAAAUAGAAUCAAAGCCAGUUGGUGGUACAGAUGGUUAAGUGCACACACUAUAGUACACAAAGACCUGGGUUCAAGCCCCUGCGGGGAAAGCUUCACAGGUAGUGAAGCAGAGCUGCAGGUGGCAGUCUCUCUGCCUCUCUAUCUCCCCCUAUCCUUUCAACUUCUGUCUCUACCCAAUAAUAAAUAAAUAUUAAAAAAUAGAGGGUAGUCAGGUGGUAGUGCCGUGGGUUAAGCAAACAUGGCUCAAAGUACAAGAACUGGUGUAAGGAUCCCGGUUCAAGCCCCCAGCUCCCCACCUGUAGGGGUGGUUGCUCCCUCUCUCUGUCUUCCCCUCCUCUCUCCAUUUCUCUCUGUCCUAUCCAACAACAACUUCAGCAAUAACAACGAUAAGGGCAAAAAAAGGAAAAA